GAGUGGGAGAUGGACUGAGUGAGGGCGCUCUUUCGACCAGUGCUGCUGAUAGCAUUGAAAUACCCACAAGCUAGGUUGAAAUAAUUGACGGUUUCAGGUCGCUUAAUCAACAAGAAAAACAUAGUACCGUUAUCAGUCUUUCACAUCCCACUCCAAACACACUAACACGGCAUUGAUGGUAAUGUAUGCAAGGAAACAACCGAGACUCGGCGAUGGGUGCGACCGAAGAGAUUCUCAGCCCUAUCAGACUCUCAAAUACUCAUCCAAGAGCCAUCCAGGAGGGGACCACCGACAUGAAAAGAUGCGAGACUCCUCAGAUGUCACUCCUCCCUGCAAAAUGCUCAGGAGGUCUGACAGCCCUGAAAACAAACACAUCGACACCACAGGGCACAGCAGAGCAAAGGCUGUCCACACACACCGGGCCAGAGACAGGGAUGGAGGGACCAGCUAUUCUCCACAAGAAAAUUCUCACAACCACAGUUCCCUUCAUAGCUCCAACUCACAUUCUAACCCCAGCAAGACCUCAGAAACACCUUAUGAACCAGGUGACGACUGGUCGGAGCACAUCAGCUCCUCUGGAAAGAAAUACUAUUACAACUGCAGGACAGAGGUGUCCCAGUGGGAGAAGCCCAAAGAAUGGCUGGAGAGAGAACAGAGGCAAAAAGAGGCAACAAAAACUGCGGUUGUCAACAGUUUCCCCAAAGACAGGGACUACAGAAGAGAGGCUAUGCAAGCUUCGACAGCCCCUGGCUUUACUGCUACUAAGUCAGCUCAGGUGGAGAAACCUGCAGCGACGCUUGCCUCCCAGUCCCAGUCAUCAUCCUCAGGCUCAGGCGGCUUGAACCCCUCAUCGGGGCCCCCUGGAUCAUCUGCCUCUACGGUGCCCGUGUCCCCAGUUCUACAGUCCCCUGCCCCUCCACUACUUCAGGACCCCACCCUGCUUCGCCAGCUUCUCCCAGCACUUCAGACUGCCCUGCAGCUAAAUAAUGCCAGUGUCGACAUGGCAAAAAUCAACGAAGUUCUCACAGCUGCUGUCACACAAGCUUCAUUACAGUCGAUGCUCCAUAAGAUCCUCACUGCUGGACCAUCGGCUUUCAAUAUCACUACUAUCCUCUCUCAAGCUGCUCAACUCUCCAACCAAGCAGCUCAGCAAUCGAACCAGUCACCUAUGUCGUUAACAUCAGACGCUUCAUCGCCCAGGUCUUAUGUUUCUCCAAGGAUCAGCACACCACAGACCAACGCUGGUCCUCUUAAACCCCUCCUCAGCACGCAGCCUGUCAUCUCACAGUCAAAAGUGAGCACGCCAUCAGUGAAGCAGGCAUCUCAUCCCCAGCCCACAUCCCAGCAGCCCCUCUCCAGCGAUAAGCAGCACAGUCACGAUGCCACUACGGCAUCUCCGCGCACCCUCCAGCGCCAAGGCAGUCAGAGGAGUCCUUCACCGGGUCCCAACCAUGUCGCCUCCAGCAACAGCAAUGCCCCCAACUCUGCCUCCGCUCCCCCCACCGCCUCAGCUGCCCGGCCCUCCUGCUCCUUCACCCCCACCCUCGCCGCCCACUUCAAUGAGAAUCUUAUCAAACAUGUACAGGGUUGGCCUGCUGAACAUGCAGAGAAACAGGCAUCAAGACUACGUGAAGAGGCUCACACCAUGGGGAGCAUCUGUAUGUCUGAGAACUGCACCGAGCUCAAAAACCUCCGUUCUUUGGUCAGAGUCUGUGAAAUACAAGCAACAUUGCGUGAGCAGAGGAUACUGUUUCUGAGACAGCAAAUCAAAGAACUUGAAAAGUUGAAGAAUCAGAAUUCUUUCAUGAUCUGAGAACUUCUAGUUGCGAGCUGAAGCGGGCGUUGGGAGAAAAGGGGGAAGACCCAUUGCACAUAGUUGGAAGCUGGAGGGAGAGCAGUUAUCCAGUUCUUCUUGAGCCCAGUCUCAACACACAGGAGCUGCAGUCGGGUUGGCUUUGGACCGUUGGACUGGGAGAAUCAAGAGGGAAAACAUGAAGAGCUGUUGUGGGAGG